AUGGACCUGUCUGAUGAGGAGCAUUCGGAUUUGGAGGCAGAGCAGUCAGGCAGCCUCAGGAGCCUCACGCGCUGUCCUCACCAAAGUGAGGGACUUGGACGAUGGAAGGCCGCUGCCGGAGGCGCCUUAGCCCUUCUGGCGCUGACUGCCUUUGCCGCUGUCCACCUGCGACAGGCAAGGCCAGCGAUCCUGGAGCAACGAUCACGGGACAGCGUGCAGCUUGUGGAUGCCAUCGACAGCCCUUGCCCCACUUCGGUCCCAGGGAGACAUCGACUGCUAGAAGCACCACUGUCUGGCAUGAUUCCGUUGCCUUGCAUCGACGGCAAGCAGUCCGAUUUCUGGUACACCACGUUGAUGAUGUCCGGGAAUGCAUAUCUACCCGCAGUGAAGGUCAUGGCAAGCUCGUUGAAGGCCUCACGCAGUCGUAGCAAGCUGUUGGUGAUGCUUGUGGCGUUACCAACACCGGAAUUAGAGGCACUGGCCGAAUGCCUCGACUUCUACAUGGUGAUUGUGCCGGUCCUCUCAAACCCACGUCUGACGAAAGCCUCUUGGGCUGGCACGUACACGAAACUCUCAGCUUUCAGGCUGAAGGCGAAGCGCAUUGUCUAUCUGGAUCUCGACACGGUUGUGCUGCGAAAUCCAGAUGAAUUAUUUUCCGUCGCGCUCGACUUUGGUUUCAACGCUGCUCCAGAUGUGGGAAAGGACUGGCAACUGAACUCCGGAGUGUUCGUGGUGGAGCCAACAGAAUUCUUAUACAGAGAUCUCGUAUCCUUUGCUAUGGCCACGCCCAUCAUACCCGAGCCGUGGUAUGACGGAGGUGAUCAGGGCUUGCUGAGCUACUACUUUCGAAACAAGUGGAGCAAGGCCACAGCUUUGCCGGAGAGGUUCGACACGCUGAAGUACGCGGAAGGGAUUCAGAAGAAUAUCGAUAUCGACUCCAAAGUGAUCGUUCACCUUUGCGGACUUCGAAAGCCGUGGGACCUUACAGAAAAGGACAGGAUGCAAGUGACGGAACAGUGGCCGCAGUCCUACGCGGCCUGGUGGCGAGCAGAAGCAGAUUUUAAGCAACGAUACGCGGGAAAAUGCCCGCGGCAACUCGUGCAAUGA